AUGGAUGCCUCCAAAUAUGUUCCCAACAUGAUGCGAACGCACGCGAGCGAAGAUAUGAGUUGGCUGGUGAUAUAUUGCGUUGCUAGUGCGGGUAUAGACCAAGGCACUUUCCGCGAUGUGAUGCACAACACCUUCGACAUGAUCACGGAAGAGGCCAUCUUGGAAAGAAUAUGGAUCACAUGGGACCGCGGGGCGAGUGGUGGGGAGGGCGCCCUAAAGUUCGAGGCAUGGGUGCGCGGAUUGAGCGUACUCCUCAGAGGGACAGAGGAGGAGCGGAGGAACCACUGCUUCGCUGUGUACGACCUGAAUGCUGAUGGAUAUAUUACCAGGGAUGAGAUGUUCGUGCUGCUGAAGAACUCCCUCCUCAAACAGCCAGGAGACGAAGACCCAGACGAAGGUGUACGGGAUCUGGUUGAGCUGGUCCUCAGGAAGAUGGACGUCGAUAAGGACGGACGAGUGUCUCCUGAAGACUACAAAGAUGCUGUAGAACAAGAACCGCUGCUGUUAGAAGCAUUCGGCCAGUGUCUUCCAUCAAGGCGUCACGCCCUUGCUUUCCUGAAAACUUUGAACCCUAAGCCCAAGGACUUACGGUCCUGAAUUGAUAAUCUAAAGUUUUAAUUGAAGUCGGUGAAACGUCAUUUUCAUUUCAUAAUCCAUCGCUAAUGAAAUUUAAAUAGGGUCAUAUCGCAUGUUCGCGUCCACCUAUUUAUUAAAUAAUUGAUAUCAAACAUGUAAAUAAUUAUGUGGAUAACAUGCAUCUAGCAUUCUUAUGUUGUCGAAUUAGCCUUGAAUUUAGAGAUAAGCGUUAAUUAGUUUACCAACUUACGAUAAUAGUAAUUAAUUGUAAAAUAAUAUUAUGUAAGUAUGAAACUGUAGCGGAUAAAGUGAAGGUUAAUAAAACUACGCCUUUUUACA